GCUAUAUUUUGGCUCAGAUUUUACACAGUAAACACAUGUUUACAAACAAUCAAUGUUACAGUAAAAUGUUUUUGUUUUUGUUGAACAAUCAAUUAUGGCAAUUAGGACAUAGUUAGUGCGUAUCUUUUAAUAUUUUAAAAGCCUGUCAAGUAAUUCUGCGUUUUGGAAUUAUAAUGAAAUUCAACAUAUUGAAGAUUUUUCUCCAGUUACAGAUUGACGUGGAAGAGUCAUUUUACACAAUAUCCAUAACAUGUUCACCUCACUGGUUUCCUCGUCAUUACACAAAUAACAGCGUAUUUGACAAUGUCUAUACUGUAUAUGCUGUUCCAAUUUUUUCAUGGGAAAAUCCCGAAGUUGUGCAUUUACAGCAGAAUAACAGUAUUGACAAUCUUGAAGAACUACCUAGUCUCAAUGACACACUGGAUGGUUUCUCUAUUUUGCAGGAUAUAACCGAAAUGGAAAAUAGUUCCAUUACGUUAAAUGACGAUCAUCAGGGACGGAAUUUUAAUAUAGAACAAUCUCGUUCCUCGCAGGAAAUGGGAAACCAAAGUCACUUUAGACAAUUAGGACGUAGUCUGCCAUCACCACAGUCACAUGACCCACAUGAUUAUAUAGACAUGAGGACAAGAUCAACAGAUUGUUCAGGUUUGCAGUCAGUAAAUACAUCCGUACAUGAAAGGCACAUGCAGUCAACUUCUACUUCAUCUGGUCCUAUAAGCGUUUCCAGUUCAAAUCAUUUUGGCUAUGUAGCAGAGGAGGACUAUGCACAUACUCAUCAUAAUACUCAAGGGCAGUAUUUGGAAUACAAUCAUGCGUUUACUCAUAAUCUAAAUGACCAUUUGUCUACACGAGGAGGAACAGAUAUGGUAUCUGUGACUAAUGAAAAUAGUACAACAGAUUCUACGUGUAUUUUAGAAGUAGAUCCGCGUGUUGCCUCAAACAAUGAUUCCUUACGCAAUUUGAAUUUAAAUAUAAGAAGAAUCCCACUUUCGUCGAUACAAAGUAGGGACACACGCUAUGAACAGUCACAUAAUUCAAAUGACAUUGCACCAAACUCAGAAAUAUCAUCGCGUUUCGACUUUAGCGACAUGCAUUUAGAAGAUGAAAGGGUCAAUCGUCAUGAGAAUACCAACCCAAAUAAUGUACCAUUCAUACAAGAGAAUUCGCAACAGAACUAUGACGGAUUUUGUAAUGAUCCUAAACGGAAUGAAAGCAAUGUAACUGCUAAAGAAAAUAAUCAUUUUCAAUCUGAAAUUCAAAAUUUUCGACAACAGAGGAGAGCUGCAUCGUUGGUUUUGUCUCCCUCGCUACAACGGAUCAACCCAGAACUGAGAUAUUGUACACCUAACGUGCAUUGUCGACAUCCAACCCGACCUCCAGAUAAAACUAACACACAGAGAAAAAGUCCACUUUCAGUUGCUAUUCUAUGUGAAAAUGAUCUGGAGAGGGAUGAAAUCAUUAAACGCUUGAUUAGUAAGGGAUAUUCCUUAGAAGCUGUUGAAAGAGCAAUUAAGUGUUUCAUUAACACUACAGGAAUAGAGCAUUUUACAGCUGAAGACUUGCUACAAAUUCUCCGCACUGAGUAAGGGAAUCGUGAAUGUAGGAACCAGUCGGUUAGUCUUUGUUUACAUGAUAUCCAAAGCAAGCAAGAAAAGAAAAAGGAGACAAGAUAUCUAGAUGUUUACUCUUUGUCUUUCACGUGUAAACUUGUUAUAUAAAAAUGUGUUACUUUGUAUGUUCUAUAACGUGUAUAUCUGCAAUUCAGUAAAUAUGAGAAUAUUAAA